AUGGCAAAAUUUACAAAUACCAUGUUUACUUCCUUUUUUAUAUCAUUUAUCUAUUUCAAAUCAGUUGCUAGCAUAAGUUGUUAUCAAUGCUCUGGAACCGAUUCCGACCACCCUUUCGAGUGUAACGUUUUGGAAAAUGAUGUUAGUUUGGUACCCAUAGACUGCGGUACUAUACACGACGCUCAGUAUUGCAUAAAACACGUCGGCAGAUACGAAGGUUUAGCAAUAGAUUGUUAUCAAUGCAACUCAUCAUCAACAAUGGAGUGUGGCGAUGGCCUAAUUAACCUGGAUGGGGCGCUGACACCAACUUCUUGUGGUCAUGUUUAUAAUGCACUCUAUUGCAUUAAACAUACAGGGGGCAUUGGUACAAAGAGAUUUUGUUCAUCACUGGAUUUGGGCAAUUACUGCAAUUAUGUACAACAGAGAGGCGACAAAUUGGAAUAUAGAUCCUGCAUAUACACUUGUAGUACAGAUGGUUGCAACCAUUCCUCAAUAUUUACUUCUUCAUUUACAUUACUAAUAAUGGCACUAUUUGUCUCGAAAUAUUUUGCAAUACAUUAAUUAUAAAAUUUAUGUAAGU